AUGCCGCUUUUGCACUCUCGCAGCUUGGGCUCCGUCUCAGGUCUUUUGGACCCACCACUAUCACAGCCGCGACGUUCAGCAACUCCCGACAAACCGCUGCCUCUGACUCCACAGCCGUCAAUGUCGACCGCUUCCUUGUCCAUUGGCGCCGAGCCUUCCGAGGACGACGACGCAACGCUUCUCCCUCCCACUGACGUGACGGAUUCCCCGCGCACAUCAAACAUGACCAGGCGCGAGCACGCUCUCAUAGAGCUCCUCAAGUCCGAAAGAACGUACGCCACCGACCUUACGUAUCUGCGAGACCUUCAUAUGCCGUUAGCUUCAGGCCAAAUGUCUUCUUUCUCUGCCAACCCUGCCACCCCCCCUGGAUCGUCGGCGUCCUCAUCUCGCACGCUCUCGACCGCGUCCGAUGCCUCCGCAGCGUCGUAUCUGCCCAAUGGCCAGCCCCCGAUGACGAAAGAGGACGUGAAGAUCGUGUUCAGCAACGUAUCGGAACUCGCACGGUUCUCGGAGGAUUUUGCGCGCGAGCUGGAAUGGGCGCUGGGGGAACUUGUGGAGGGGGGCGAGGGGGAUGACUAUGUGGGCAAGCUUUUCCUCAGAGUGAUCCCGCAACUUGAACCGCUCUACCGGACGUACAUCACGAAGCAGGCGACCGGCCUCGAGCACUUCAACAGCCUGCCGCGGACGCCCGCUUUCAACGCCUACCUCGCGCAGACGCAGGCGCUCGCCCAUGCGUACUCGGGUGCAUGGGACCUCCCUUCGCUUCUGAUCAAGCCCGUGCAGCGGCUCACGAAGUACCCACUGCUGCUCCACGCGAUCAUCUCCGAGACCCCAGAUUCACAUCCGGACAAGGCGAACCUGAUAGAGGCCCAUGCGCGAAUGGAGGAGGUGGCGCGGGGCGUCAAUGAAGGGCGGAGAAGGAGGGAGGUCGUGCGGGACGUGCUCACCAGCGCGGCUGUUAUCAGCACCCCGCAGAAAGUCGGAGAGACGGUGAAGGCGAAGAAGAAGAGUACGCUCAGUGUUGGGGUCGCGGCGUCUGUGAGCCUCGGGCGGAUGAAGAGCCUUCGCUCGGCGGCGCUGAAGGCGAAGGAAGGUGCGGAGGCAAACGCGGAGGCGGAGGCGGUCAAGGCGAUGGGCGAGCAGCUCAAGAGCUAUGAGCCGUUCAUGGAGCAGUUGGCGCGCGACAGCCUGAAGUGGGCGGACUCGGUGAAGGUGCUCAUGGGCGCGCUCGACCAGUGGGCGCACACGUUCGGGCGCGUGAUCUGGAUGGGCCCAGACGACGUGCCCUCGGAGGCGUUCGACGCGUUCCUCCAAGUUAUUCGCGACCAACUCCUGCCGAUAUGCGACGAGACGAAGGAUGUUCUCAGGGAGCGGCUGCUACCCCUCCUGACCGGCUUGGUCGACACGAUGGUCGCGCCGCUGCGUCUGCUGGAGGCGAUGCACACGCUCGAGCCUCUGCACUAUGGGUUGCUGAACCUGAACGUGGCCAAGAGCCGGCCGCCGCCCCAGCUCCUCGAGGCAUCGCAGUCGUACGUGGCGCUCCGCGCGCAGCUCUUUGCGGAGCUCCCAACCUACCUCGCACUCAUCGACAAGGGUAUGGCAGCGUGCAUACUCAAGUUCGCGCACAUUCAGCGGCGAUUUUACAGCAACGUGCGGGAGCGGUGGAGCGAGCUCUGGGACGCGCUCAAAGUGGACGAGGAGGCGAACCAGGGCGCCUCCGAGACGCUUCGUGUAUGGUGGGGUCGAUUUGCGGAGGUCGAGGUGCAGAUCCAGGACCUCAAUAUCGUCCGGCCGUUGGAGAAGAAGACUACUCCGGACAAGCAGCGGACCAGGCCCAGCAAGCCGCGGUUGAGCGAACCGGAAGCAACAAGAAGCGUCGUAGUCUCGUCGGUCCUUGCUGCCCUCGACCCUCUCAGCAUCUCCCACCCUCAGCCCAGUACGUUAGACCCGUCUCUUCCCAUUUCGCCUGGUCCAGUGAGUGCAAAGACGAGGAGCGUGCAUUCGACCCACUCGAUGGAGAGCGAAUACCGGGCGAUGGCUGCGCGUAAAUCGGAGGAGAGUCUCCAUUCGAAAAAAUCAAGCAAGUCUGCGAAGUCACGACGGCCGUCGUCGUCACGAACGCGCCCAGUGGUCGAGGAAGCGCUGCCGUCAUUCGCGGGGUUCGGCGUUCCCGGACUCGCUGCGCUCGCGCCUGCCUCUACCAAGCCUUCGUAUUCGCGGACGAAGAGCUCGCCAAUGCCCCAACAGCUCAACAAGUCCCAGUCCUCCACCAAAUAUCUCGAUGUCGACGACGACAUCGCUCUGAACAGCAGUAACCCGAGCCUGCACAGUCUCCCUGCGACUAUCGAAGACGACGGCGGUCGUGGUCGCCCGUCAAGAAAGCCUAGUUUUAGGCGACGCCUUACCGACAGCUUCCGUACAAGCGCAAACAAUGUUACGAAUGACACCCGACACCGACGCUCUCCCUCCCUCCCUAACAACUAUCAGAGUCCGUCACCAUCCCCGAAUAAGCCGACUUUCGGGCCGCGGCCGGCGAUAUCAACACGAAGUCGGGGAAGCGGAGGCCAGAUACCGUCGCUGUACGAGUGCCGGGUAAUCCACUCGUGCGAGCCGCCAGAGGGCGUUGAAUACCGCGAUCUGCCGUUCUUCACGCUUGUCGUCGAUGACGUGUAUGAUAUACUGCAGGAGGCGGGGCAUCCGUCCACGCACCGCGAUCUCCCGCUGUACGUAGACGACGGCGAAGACUGUCUCUUGCUCGCGCGAAACCAGGCAGGAGAGGUUGGCUGGGUCCUCGCCAGUUUCUUAGUACCCGUGGACUAG